AUUGCCCACUCUCAAUAGAUGCUUAAUUAAAUUCGAUUGAAGUUUAGCGUCUUCAUGUCUCGCGACUCAACCUCCCAACUCCUCCUCCUCCCACCCAGUGCAAACAGCUGUUCGCAAACAAUCACUCCACGUGCUACCGGUUUGAAAACAAUCCGCUGGUAUGAGCGAAACAACCAUAUCCCGUCGAACUCUUUUCGUAGUGGAGCAUGCGCCCACCGGGCCAACAAGCGAUGAUCGAAAUAUCGACCCGUUUCUGUCGCUGAAGCAGAAUUUUCACCAUACAGCUCGGUCGUCUGGUCGAACGGUCUCGGAGAUUAAUAGAGUUUCAAGUGUUGUUCCGAUUUGAGAAAAUAUCGUUUCCAGCGCGACAACAAAAUAACGCCAUGGUCAAGUUCGGUUUCGGUGCGGUUAUUCUGUUGGGGUCGGUACUAGGGUCAGCGCUGGCUCACUACAGUGGCCCGUUUUUGUUCUGGGGAGUGAGUGAUUUGAAGGGCGUCCAAGUGUCUGCUCUGGAAGGGCUCGACGAUAAGUUUUUGCGGGAUUUGUACUCGAAUGCGGCAGCGGUGGUGGUUUUCCUGCGGAACGGAACGUCUCAGUUGAAUGAUGAUAAUUUCCCCAGCUUCCGGAGGAUAAUCGAGAAGCACGAAUACGUGUACAGUGCCCAGGAGGAGCUGAGCUCUAAUCCGCUCGAUUACAAUGUCAAUGCCGAGAUAAUCAACCUGGUAGGGUCUCCGACUCAGCAAGACGUCGAACUGGCAGCCCUCUAUCGCGACUCAACCGCCAACUACGGCGAGCGCAAGGUGCUCGGCAUUUUGGCCAGCCGCUGGGAUGAACCUCAUCACAGACUGUACAAACGGGAAGCCAAGCCGGACGAAAGCGCCACUAGUACCACUCCGGCGGGACCCACAGAGGAACCGGAGAUGGACGAUGCCAUCUAUAAUGUGGCCGGUAAGGCCAUCAUCUACAUCACUUCUGCUCCGAUCCUGAGCGUCAACAGCACCGACGAGGAAAACAUUGUGCUGAACAAGCACACCGUGGCGACGUACGAUUCUCGCGAGAGCGAGAGCAAGCUGAUUGUCACGUUCAAGGCGGAGGAUACCACCAAG